AAUACGCAUGCGUAGUAAAUCAUCACCAUUCUAUAGCAUGGCGGCUGUUUUCAAACAACAUACUCUUUCAUUUAUGGCAUAAGUUUUCGCUGGGUUGCUCUAAAUCAACACAGACAUGCCUGAAGAACGUUAUUUGAUUGUUGUUUCCAUACUGGCAGGUCGGAAUUUCCCCAAAAGGCCCCACCAUAAAUUGAUAAUAGAUGCUAAAUUUGAUGGCGAACUUCUCUCGACUGAUCCUGUUAAUCAUACUAACAAGCCAAACAUAACACAAGAGUUGGCAUGGCAAUUAAGCAAAAAAGGGCUUCAGCAACAUCGCUUACACCGCAGUUCCAUGAAAAUUCAGUGUUAUGCUUAUGAUACCCAAAGUACAGUGAAGGAGAUGAUUGGCUAUGUUCUGCUUGAUUUUCGAGCUGCUACCAUGAAGCAGGCAUCAAAAUGGUAUCCUCUAUUUCACUGCAAAUAUAUGAAAUCCAAACCUGAACUCCAACUUGGUCUCUACCUUGAUAAUGAUGUGGAUGAAGGCAAAAAGCUUGAAGAGAUGCAAACAAAUCUAACAGCCAAUCUACGUCCUAUUUUAGAUGAAACUGGUAGUUUCUAUCAAAUUGGCCCAGUUGAUUGUUGUCAGGAUAUAUUCAUUCUAGCUGUCACCAUUGUUUAUGCAUCUAACCUUGCAUUGUUGAUCCCUGCGUCCAUCCCUCUACCCGAUAAUUCCAGUGGAUACAGUUUUUAUUAUUCCUUAUUUGGAAAUAAUGUCUGCAGUGAGACCUUCACUGAUUUGAUCAACCCAAAAUUUGUGCCUGAGAGAGCAUCUGUGAAGAUCCGAAGCAAUCUAGAUGUUUUAUGUCUCUUCUUUGCAAAUCAACCUGGCAUCCAGGUUCAUUUUUGUUGUGAGGAUAUAUCGUUUGGACAUUGUGAAGUACCUUUAAAUACUUUACUGAAACCAGGCAGCACUGAAAUCUUCAUGCGACCAGUUGUUUUAGAGGGUGAUUACACGAAAACUGUGAAAGAAGUUAUAGACCAACAACAAACAGUUCCAGCAGCACCAAAAAAAUCAACAGAAAUCAAAUCUGAUGUAGACUAUUCUGAUACUUUCGAAGACAAAACCAGUUUGGACCCAAGCAGUUUACAAGAAUCUCAAAAUACACCAUCAUCAUUGUCAUCAACAUCAACAAUUGUAUCAUCAUCAGCAAAAGCAGUCCCAGCAAAAACAACAACAACAACAACAGUAGUUGAAAAGAGCUCCAAGGGUAACAGCGAAAGUUCUUCCCAACCACAUGUAGUUAUUCCUGCUCAAUUCCACCAUUUCACAUUCUCAAUUGACCUCACCAGUAUUGCUGGCAAUCAGAUUACAAAUAUCAGACUGGUUUUUUUACGUUAUGUAUAUCCUUUCUUUGGAAGUGCUGCUCCAAUUCUUACUCACCCACCUGUAAAAAUAUCCAAAGGAACGGAAGUGUUUCUUCCACACUCCUUUUGUGCCUUCGAUUUUGCUUCCAUGACUGACCAGCUUCAUGAAACAUUUCUCAGUGUACCACUUUUUGUUGAAGUCUGGGAGAGAGAUCGGAACCUUUCGAAAGAUGUUUUGCUUGGAAUAUGUCGUUUGCCGUUAGCAAAAAUAUUGACUGCUGAGAAAACUAGGAUUGUUGAUUCAUCAAAUGGCAAUGGCUGGAGACAAGUGCACAAAGAUACCCUUGCAGUGUUUUCAGCGGAUGAGGGAAAACAUAAAAUAGCUACCCUUACUGUGGUUUUGACUCUAGAAGAUUGGGGAGCCAUCCAUGACCAACGCAUCAUAUUAAAUGACACAUCAUCUCAGGUCCACAGUGUACCUCAAGAGAAUUCUAAUACCAAUGCUAACAAACUCAAAAAUCCUGAGAAAGAUCUAAGAGAAACUAAGGAGUAUCAAGUUGCUAUGGAACUGGAAAUUUGGAAAGAAGCUCAGAAGCAGAAGUUUGAAAAUGAACUUUCAGAAUACAACCAAUUGGAAGAAACUUUGCAGAAAGCCUUAAAAGAUUUAGCUAAAAAAGAACAAGAAUUAACUGCCAAAGAAAAAGAGGUGGUCCAGCUGCGAAAUGAUCAGAAUCGAGAACAUGAACGUAGGUUGGCUGAAAUGAAAGAAGCUUCUCAAAGACUCCAAGAUGACUGUGAACAUCGCAUCCAGCUAGAAAGAGUGAAGACAUCAGAAUAUGAAGGGUUGGUCUCUAAAUACAAACAGGAGUUAUUGGAUGCUGAGAAGAGGUAUACAGCACUGAGUAAAGAGUUCAGCAUUUUCAAAGAACAAGAAAAUGGUAAACCUGAGGUCCGUCUACAAUCUGAGAUCAAUAUUUUAACAGUUGAAAAAGUGGAGUUGGAGAAAAAACUUGAUAAUGCACUGAAAUCAAAAAUCCACUAUAAGCAGCAGUGGGGACGUGCAUUAAAAGAAGUUGCCCGCCUCAAGCAUCGUGAGCAAGUCACUGCCAAAGCCCAGCUUAAAAAACAGCAAGAUGAACUGGAGCAAAUAAAGUUACGAUAUUUGGCUAACGAGGAGAAAGAGAGCAUAAAGAGUGACAAACUGGAAUUAGAAGUGAUCAAGAAUGAGUUGAAUAAAAUACGUUUGGCUGAAGAACAAAAACAACAACAACAGCAGCAACAACCACAGCAACAGCAACAGCAGCAACAGCAACAGCAACAGCAGCAGCAUUUAUUAAAUCAGCAACAUUCAUCUCAGGUGAUCAAGAACCAGAUGGUUCAGAACCCUCACUCUUACCACAAUCCUAGCAAUGCCAGUCUGGAUGAGCAUGUAGCCAGACUUAUUGAAGAGAGAGAUAUUCUUCUUCGGACUGGGGUCUACACAUCUCAGGACAAAAUAAUAGCUGAACUUGACCAACAGAUAAAAGACAUUGUUGCUCUUAGAAAUACCUAGUCAACCUUUACAAUUACAUCAUCAUUAUUAUCAUCAUCAUCAUCAUCAUCAUCGUCAACAACAACUCUUCACUCUCUCCUUCUCCUCUUAGUUCCCUCCUAAUGUAUUCAGUCAUUCUUGUGGGAAUGAUCUCCCAUAGGUGCUCCAUGGCUUGCUGUUGGUUAGGGUUAGGGAUUGAGUUGACCUCCAUGAUUCUGUUUGCGGCAGUGUUUGUUGUGGCAACUAGCUUGUGUCUCUAUUGCAGAUAGAGAUACUUACAGUGUAAAGGUCACCCUCGGUUUUCAAAUCAAGCGUUCCAAUCUCUCUUUGUCGACAGUUCUGUUUUCAUCCGGUUAUAUUUUAUAUUAUUUCUGACAUUUAGUCCCAUUACACACACACACACACACACAUACAGAGGCUCAGACGCAUGCUUGUAUACACACAUAUACACAGGCAGGCUCAUCAACACACACACACACGCGCACAUUACUAUUUAAUGUGAAAAAACGAUAUAUGUGGGGAAUACCCAACAGACAUUAGACAUCCUCAUAUGUUGUGAAGAAUAUAUUCACACUUAUAAAUACUUGUACAUAGACAUCUUCAUUUACCUUACUACACACACAAUACCAUGCAUAAAUACACAGACACACGUGUGUGUAUAUGUAUAUUUAUAUAUACAUAUAUAUAUAUAUGUGUGGAGGCGCGUGGCCUAGUGGUUAGGGUGUCAGCACCAUGAUUGUAAGAUUGUGGUUUCGAUUCCUGGACUGGG